GGUAUGAAAGUGUAUGUGGCGCUUACGCCUACUGUAAUAAGUGUACGUUUUGUUGUCGAGUAGUCGAGUGCGACCGUUCUCCUUUUGAUCCGUUUCAGCUAAAUUCUAUCGACAAGUGAAUCCAAAUAAACUAGUUCUUCUACAACUUUAAAAAAUGACGACACUUAGGCCUUUCACAUGCAAUGACUUGUUCAAAUUCAACAACGUGAAUUUGGAUCCACUCACAGAAACAUACGGCCUUUCGUUUUACAUGCACUACCUCUCACACUGGCCGGAAUACAUUCAAGUAGCAGAAUCUCCGAGUGGCGAAAUUAUGGGUUACAUCAUGGGAAAGGCUGAGGGUCACGGUGAAAAUUGGCAUGGUCACGUAACAGCCCUCACAGUUUCUCCCGAUUACAGAAGGCUCGGUCUCGCUGCGAUGCUGAUGAAGUAUCUUGAGGACGUGUCAGAAAAGAAACAGGCGUAUUUUGUGGACCUCUUUGUUAGGGUGAGCAACAAAGUGGCUAUUACAAUGUACCAACAAUUGGGGUACAUUGUAUACAGGACAGUGUUGGAAUAUUAUAAUGGGGAUCCAGACGAAGACGCAUAUGACAUGAGAAAAGCCCUGUCGAAAGAUGUGAAAAAGAAAUCUAUGAUUCCACUAACACAUCCUGUGAGACCGGAAGAGGUGGACUGAAGCGUUGAGCUUCUCCUCGCAUUGACAAAAACUGAAAAGUAAAUUAUACACAAAUUUUCUGUACAAAUUAUCAUAAAAUUAAUGACUACGUAAGAAAUAUAUGUACGUUAAAA